UUGAUUUGGUUGAUCUAUUUGGGGUUACAGAUUACAACACACAAACGGUAUACGUAUCUUCGUAGCUAGGCCAUGCACCGAUCGUGCUUCAACUGUGAUUAGCCUCUAAGAAUUAGAGGAACCACCUCGUGACGCGUUUGCAGAGAAACAAAAACCUCAUUGAUGAUCUGUGCAUGUGCGAGUGAUCUCUGUAUGGGCACUGGUGGGUGGAAGUCGUACUGCUCUGGCAAGAGUAGACACCGCCGUGUAGAAGAAGUUGGGCCUGUCGUAGCUAGGAAACGGCUACCAAAUUCAGAGGUGUAUAGUUCUAUUUAGUGAUUUGACGCUCGCCAGUGAAUGAAGUGUCAAUGCUAGUUUCGGCCUAUAGCAGCAGCUAAGUGUUCAAGAUUCAAAAAAGCCCUAGGUGUCUUGACUACUAGCGGCUGAGCUUUAUUAAACUGUGUAUAGGAAACUAAAUUAGACGCAAGAACGUAUACAAUAUAGCGCUUUAGAAAGAGCACGGAAACAAAGGCUGAAAGAAGGACACCGAAGAGAAGAGGAUUGGUGCAGGCGGGCUGCUUUAAUACGGACGAUUUUUCGGUUAGAGACAACGAAGAAACAAACCUGUUCGGGAUGGAUACGUCGCGUUAUUGUGAAAUGCUGAUGUAGCGAACAGCUAGUCGGGAGCGAAACAAUCACCGCAUAGGACUUUCUCUGGCCGAUCGUCCAUCAGAAGGGUGGGUUCUAGUUCUGUUCAUCGGAUUCGGUGCUUUGUGUAGUGUUUGCAUAACAAAACGGAGUGAACGAGAAGGACAGCGCGCUUGGAGGCAGGCGCGUCUGGCAAACGGCCUUGUCUAGGACGGUGCCGGAGGCCGAGCGCCAGAUCGUCCUUACUAACGUCAGAUCAACGUCAGCACGCAAGAUGCUGGCUACAGUGACGGCCGUACCAUCGCCCGUGCAGCAGUACAGGAAGACUGGAGUUAGACCACCCGGAGAUAUGGUGGACUUUCAGGACAUGUGGCAAGACAUCGAGUCCUUCCUUCUUGACGACGUACACCCCGAUGUGCGCGUUUCGUUAGCGGCGGUCAACCAUCCGCAGAGUCCGCAUAGUCCUCACAGUCCCCAGCUAUUGGUCCAUCAUGGAAGCCUAGGUAGUUCUGGGCAACAACAUCCCGCCACGAUGGGGGCCGCAACAGGCCUGGCAGGGUCUGUGCCUUCUACAAUUGCUCCGGCGCGAUACGACGAUGACGCCUCUUCCGGCGCGCCGUCCAGCCCGCUUCCGCUAGGCCAUCCUUUAGCUUCGGGUACGCCUUUGCUUAGCUCGGGUUCCCUGGCCGUAGGGCCUACCGGUCCAGGCAGUGCAGGACACGACCGAGCAUUUCGCUGUUCCGACUCGACCGGUCAGCUAUCACCCGCCUCCUCUACGUCGUCCUACGCUCCACACGAAGGCAACAGUUCCGUUAGUCUCUACGGGGAGUCCAUCUACCCCGAUGUGAAGGGAGGUCCGAAGAUUAUCGAUGAACAGCAAACAUUGUACCAUCCUCAGGCUAGCUAUCCUCCACAAGUCGUCCCUCAGAUCCCUCAAACGCCGCAAGGCUACGUAUCAUCGAUAGGUUCACCAGGCGGCGGUUACUACAGUAGUUCUGUACCUGUUGACGACUUCAAGCUAUAUCCGCCAACCACCGUAGGCAGUUACAAUCAGCAGAGUGGUCCUCCACCAUCGGGCUGGUUUGUCGCCCCCGGAUCCACACAGAUCUCUCCGCCAGCGUCACCUGAAACACAGGUCGCUGGCUGUGUGUACUCGACGGCACCGGAAAAUGGCUCACAGUAUCCCCGGAUAGUCACUCCCCCGUCUUCUCCUCACCUAUCAGCUGAUCUCCUGGUCAGUACGUCACCGUCGGUUAUGGCGUCCCCCACGUGUGCGCCGCCUGCCUCGACGUUUUGUCCCAGCCUUUUGAGUCCGGCCCUGAAGCGCACCGUAACACGACGCGCUGGCACUGGCAUCGGCCGACGAUCGAGCAUCUCCGAGGGAAUUACGGGCAUGGCUGGGUCAGCCGCAGGCAGCAUGGGCGUGCUAGGGGGCGCUGGCAAGAGCAAGAAAGUCACGAUUCACACCUGCUCGCACCCAGGUUGCGCGAAGACGUACACCAAGAGCUCACACCUGAAGGCCCACCUGAGGACCCACACGGGUGAAAAGCCUUAUAUGUGCACCUGGAAGGGAUGUGGCUGGAAGUUUGCCCGUUCAGACGAGUUGACUCGACAUUACCGCAAGCACACUGGCGACCGGCCGUUUCAAUGCAGGCUUUGUGAAAGAGCUUUCUCUCGCUCUGACCAUCUGUCGCUGCAUAUGAAGCGACACACGGUGGUCUGAAGGGAGAAACGCUCCUCCAGGUGCCCUGGUCCUCUCUGCAUUUAGGCUCACACAGGCAAACAAACAGUUAUAGACAGACAAAUAUCCGGUAGUCCUAUAUCCGUUGUCUAACUAUAUCUGUUUCUUAGGUAUACUAUUCGCAAACCUGCAGGAUAACUGAAGCUAGAGAAACAACCAAACGAAUUAGAAUCUUUCUUAAUACAAUUGCUGUCUCCAGUUAUGCUGUUCAAAAAUAAUAAACAUUUACUUUCCGUUACACUAGCCCAAGUGCUUCGCAAAUCAGUUCAAAAGCUGACUGCCAUUGAUAAAGUUAGGAACCUGGUGCAGCAAAAGGUAUUUUUGUAGAUUUAGGACCCUGUAUGUCAAUUAUUCUAUAUUUACUUAUAUCUCCCUCUCACGGAAUUCGUGUGUGGUCUCAUCGUUCCCCCGACAAGUACUUCCAUAUAGCUAUGUAUCAUUGCAAAAACCUAUCAUAUUAUUUAGGGUGCUAGAAUGCAUUUUGCAUCCACCUCUACCGCAUCUCGUUCAUUCAUUCGACUGCUACCCGCGAAGUUUGUUUCGCAGCGACAGGACUCUGAAAUCCUACCUAUAUUUGUCCAUUAUACAAAUCUCAAAUGGUAUGACGUAUUGCCGGUCAUUGUCAGGUAGAAACAUGUAUGUACGUAUAGCCGAAAUCCAAAUCUAAAUAGACCCUGCGAGUAUACAAUCCCAUUUACUAUUGGUACUAUAUAAUCCUGUAUAGAACAUAGCUGUAUAAAGAUAAGCCGAACUUUUUCAACAUCACGCGAUGUCCUGCAACGCCUUACUCUCUCCACAAAGUAACAAUACGUGAACUGACCUAACGAACCUAUCAAGCCUAACUUAACUAGCCUACCAAGUUUAACCCAAUUUACCAAGUAAACAGUGCCAGACCAGGAUGCCUUUGCCAGUUGUCGUUUACCUGCGUACAAAGCCUCUCACUGAAACGUGGCCACAGAAGGUUGUCAGUGGAGCGAUGCGGCAAUGAUCUCGAACGGCCCCAAACGAUAUAAGUAAACAGUCGCGUUGCCUUCGAUUCGCAACUCAUAUAAUUGCCUUCGCUGGAGUUCUUUGACCAUCGGUCGGGUACACUCAUAUCUCAGUCACCCGACAGGACCGAAAGAAAAGAUACGGAACAAAGGACUAAGGAAAAAACGUCCCUUCGAAAAACUGAUCUGGUCCCUCGGUUUUGUCCAGUCGACGACCUCGACCCGACUUCGACGACCGGAAGAAAACUGCCUCACAAAGACAACUACUAAUGGGAAUUCGUUCGACAAGAAAAUGUAGAGAUCAAAUGCAUUUUGCCCCUGUGCGGAGUAGAGCAAUUAUGUGUAUAAGAUGUGUGCCGCAAUGAUCUCGGAAGAUGAAAGAAAAAAUUCAUAUAUAUAUCAUAAUGUAGACGCAGAAAAACUGUUAAUACAAUGUAGUGAAUGUUAACGGAAUUGGACUCCAGCGAGAGCAACGCAUGGCCAAAUAUUGGAGGAAAGCCAAUGCUCUUUCCCAAUAAUGUGUCGCGUAUUCAUCGGGGCCACAACUAGUCAUUUAGGUAGUAUAACUGAGAGAAAGGUCUGUUACUAGCGACGGUGGUAAACUUCAGUGGCAUAUAUAUAUAUAUAUAUACAUAUAAUCAACGUUCAUCGUUGUAAGAAUCUAUGGUACAGAACGCAGAAACAAACAACAACGGGAAAAUACAAAAUAGGAGCAAAUAAGCAAGAAUGAACACUUGCCUAUGUCAUGCGAAGCAAAAUAAUACAAUAUGGCUUUAUUGAAAAAUUACGAAGGCCAAGUAUCUCUAUGAGUAUGACUUACGAUCUUGCAAUUUUCUCCAAUCGCCAGCUUCGGGUGCCUUCGCAGACCGUCAGCGCCGUAAUACAGUAAGCGAGGCUGAUAAAUACGACCAACCUACAUAAAUAAACAAACGCGAAAUUAUCCAGUUGUUGCAAGUGCAUCCAGUUGCCGGCCAGCGGCGAUGGUGUUCGCUGCAAAAUAGCCAACAGAUCUGUGUUCACCCCACAAGAUUCAGGGGACCUGCAACCUGUGCAGUUAUUAGGUACGUGAUACCGGCGAAACCCGAACACUGCUGAUGUCAAUUGUAUAGAAUAAAAUGACAAUAAUAAUAAUCAUCAUAAUGAUAAUAAUAGUAGUAGAUCAAUACACACACAGACAGCCAGAGCGGCACUACCGGACAACGCAAGGCAUAACUUUUCCUUUUUUGGCGGACGGAACAAUAAAUUUAGCGCGCGUAAUUUCAAAAGGGCAGCGAGUAUUGCUCUGUAAAAAAAAAAAAGGAACAUUAUUAUUUGCAUGUCUCGUUUAUGCGCCUGUGCUCAUGUGUGGCUGUUAGUAAGUUACUAUAGAAUAAUGCUACUAUUGCAAUUCUGCUAUUGUGGGCCUCACAUUUAUAUAUAGCCCCACAUGUUGCAAGUCGGCAUCACCAUCAAGCGCCUUGUUUUUUUGUGAAAAAAGUACUACAGACUAAUAAUAAUGAUGAUAAUAAUAAGAUGAUACGAGAAAAAUAAUAACGCAACAGGCCCGCUACCCGGUAACCCCCCAAACAGCUGAUAAAGUGACUGAAACUGGUGUCUACUUGUGCGCCCGUGAAGGACCAACACAUCGUAUUAUAGAUGCUGAUGACAACUGCAACAACAAUAACAAUGCUAAUCGAUAAGUUAUGGCAUAACUUGUCAAAGUGUAAACAAUUUCCGUCAGCGAGCUUUCAGUUACUUGCCGUUCACUCAGUCACUCGUUAGAUUACACAGACCUUCAACUACGGAUUAUACGAACAAAUUUUUCAAAGCGAUAGAGAGGUAACAAGGCACAAAUACGAGCGUAUCUGUAUGCUAUGAAUAUCUGUGGCCCAAUAAAGUGAAACCAACUCAUGAGGACAUCGUCAUCGUCCAGCUCCCAUCCGGAACACGUUCGACGGCGGGGAGAUUCGAAGGCAAGUCGUCAUAGCGUUCAGAACCGUGUUCGUAUUAUAAUUUCAUGAAGUAAUACAGUACGAUUAUGGUAAUAAACUUCCCGCGCAGACCGAGGGCCGUCGUCGGCCGCGUUGCCAUCACAUUAACAAUGAAUAAAAAAAUUACCUACAUUUCGGUAGUGAUGUCUAUUAGCAAACGUUCGUGUGAAGUUGAAAACGGCGAUCCACACCGCUUACAAAAGCUUUAAGCUUGCUUGUUUGUUGCAACGAUAAUUUGCUCUGUUAGCGUACACAACGAUUGAGGGCGAGCACGUAAGGCUGAUCAUCUUCAGAGUUGGUGGUUACCCGUUAAGAGCUUACGGGCCCACUCGAUGGCGAUCAGCGUACUUUGCCGUGGACCCUAGAUACCAGUGUUGCGUCUAUGACGACGACUCUUACCAUCAGGUCACAGACAUAAAUUUCCGGGGGAUUCCGCGUACGUGGAUCAUUUCGUCAGGCAACUGCGGUUCGAAAAGUGUCGCUUACGACCAGCAACGUCCACUGACCCUGAAAUGCCUGUAUAUAACUGUACAUAAAGAAGCAUAUUGUCGAAAUGACCAGUCCGAUAAUGAAACGAGAAUAACUAAACAUAGCAACUAUUAUAUUAUUAUCAUUAUUAUUAUCGACAAAUUCAAUCGUAUAGUAAUAAGGGAGCAAUGCAAAGAUAACGAGAGUAAAAGCUAAUAAUAUUAUCAUCAAUGAUAACUAUUUCAACAAUAAUGAUAUAAAGACAGUAGAAGUAAUAAAUAUACUAUUAUAUUUAGGUAGAAUUGACGUGGCGAAGAGAUAGAGAAGUAAGCAUGCGGGAACUACAACAUGAAGUCAAAAAAAGCUCCGCUAGAAAGGAAAAUCGUAUGCGGCAUGUUUCAAAUGAACCCAUAAUGAGACAGAAUGGCCCGCCGUUAUCUGGGAAGGUCAAAGCGGCUCGAUGACACCCACAUACACACGACCUUCGUCCUUUUACACUUCGGUGAUUUUGUUCGGUUAAAAGAUGAACGGCACUCAAGUUAGCCUUUCGCCUGAGUCGCUAGAUGACAAGCGAGUUCAUUGAUCAACGUUGUUGUAACUGUGUCAUCGGGACCCGUUUCGAUCAUCUCAGAUCAACCAACCUCCCGAUCAAAUACUUUCGGCAGCAGCAGCGGCAGGAGUAGUAAACAUAGAUAAUAAGCGAAAGGCAUAGAUAUUGUACUAUUUAAAGCAGCUAUGGCAAGCUGAUGUCGAGUCGAACAUGGCACACAAUAACAAGUUUCUCACUUACAUGUCUGCAUUUGACGGCGUGGCCAGCAAUAGUCUGUCCUUCGAUAUGACCUUGCGCCAAUUCAUCGAUUGGUACAACGUCAAUGAUACAUAAGAUGUUGGAAAUUGUCAUUUAUUCAGUUUGUAAAUCUAGAUACGACGAUUUUAACCUAUCCAGUUAUCUAGCUGGGGUCCAAAAAACCUACGUAUGAAUCGACUGUGCUUGAAAGACACAAUGCCGAAAAAACAUUGCGUUUCAAUCUAACUAAGCGGUGUACCCGCACAACAUCCGACCGAACAUAAUAAAGCGUAUUGUACUUUUAGAAAAUUCA